AUGACAGAAACAAAAAUGCAGUUGGAAGACUGGCUGGAUGAUUUAUGUGUCCGCUUCAUCAUCAACCUACCACGUGAGGAACUUGAAUCCGUUGAACGUAUCUGUUUCCAAGUCGAAGAGGCACAAUGGUUCUACGAGGACUUCAUCCGGCCGCUCGAUCCGGCUCUUCCGUCGUUAUCCUUGAAAGCAUUCGCCUUGCGCAUCUUUCAGCACUGUCCUUUGAUGUCGCAAUGGUCGCACUAUCACCACAUCACCGCCUUCUCCGAGUUCUUGGCUUAUAAAACCCGUGUACCCGUUCGCGGAGCCAUCAUGCUGAACCAGGACAUGGACGAGGUGGUCCUAGUCAAAGGCUGGAAGAAAGGUGCUAACUGGAGUUUCCCGAGAGGCAAAAUCAACAAGGGUGAGAAAGACAUCGAUUGUGCAAUCCGUGAAGUCUACGAGGAGACAGGCUAUGAUAUACGCGAGGCGGGGCUCGUUCCGGAAGAGAAGGACGCCAAAUACAUCGAGAUCACCAUGAGAGAACAGCACAUGAGGCUGUACGUCUUUCGCGGAGUGCCACAGGACGCCCAUUUCGAGCCUCGUACUCGGAAAGAGAUCAGCAAGAUCGAGUGGUACAAGCUCUCGGAGUUGCCGACACUCAAAAAGAGCAAGCAGCAGGAGCAAGGGCUGGUUGUGGCUAAUGCAAACAAGUUCUACAUGGUCGCCCCUUUCAUGCACCCGCUGAAGAAAUGGAUUGCUCAGCAGAAGAAAGCUGAGAUCAAGUCGCACUCCGGAGCCAGGCACCUUGUGCAGACUGAGGGAGAGCUGUCGAUGGAUGAGGCACCCCAGGCUGUCAAUGGCUUCACGCCUAGCCAGCUUCCUGCCCAGCUGGCCACCCCGAGCGAUUUGCCAGAACUCGCAUCAUCUCACGAUGCUUCGUCUAAUCUCAAGCGCCUUCUGAACAUCAACGGCCUUGCUCCUGUCCAGGAUAAUCCUGCGAAUGUAGCCACCCCUGCGGAUAACAGGACUAUCACUUCGAAGUCCAAUGCCUUGUUAGAACUCCUCAGGAGUGGCUCGUCGCAAGAUGCUCUUCCGCAUGCCCCUGGACCCGACAAGGCAUUGCCGCCACUCGCUAUUCCAGAUGGUCUGCCACCAUUGGGACCCCCUUACCCUGACACGGCCUCUUUCCCUGGAUUUCCUCAGCAAGCUCAACAUUUGCGAGGCCCUGUGCCCAUGAAUCCUGUGCAAUUCCCGCAGACUCCAGUGUCUCGUGCACCGGUCUCGAACAUUGGUGUACCACCGCUUGCUCGACCAGCUCAUGUGGGUCAUGCGGGUGCACCACCUGGUCAUCACGGAAUGCCGCCGUUCUUUGAGCAGAUGCUCUCGAAUCCUUCAAGGUACGAUCCUGUGCAAGCAAGCUUGCCCACGGCGCCGCAACCUGGCCCGGCUCCAUACCAACGAACUGGAGAUCCCCAAUUCUCUCAUUCAGCCCAGGCGCCAAAUAUCCAGGGAGCGACUGUGCCUCCUGCAAGCAAGCUUCCACCGCCAAAGCUUACGACUCACUCUCUUGCCUUGUUGAACGUGUUCAAAGACGACUCUCGCAGGACGCCCAAAACAUCUAAUGCGAGCCUAGUCCCACCUGCGGAGAAGGUUGCGCAUCAUGACAGGCGGCCCUCGCAACACCAGGAUCAACUCCUAGGUUUGCUGAGAGGGUCUUCUGUCCCUCCAACACCGGGGCCAGCGGAAUUGCCAGCCCAAUCUCCUAUGGCAUCUUCCAAGCCCCCCCCUAAACGAGGAGUCAAUGGAUCGAAUCGCCGAAACAAGAAACUCGAGCCGGCGCAAACGCUCGCGUCGCCUAUUACGAUCUUGCCCAGGCCACAAUCUGCAAAGAAGGAACCGGGCUCGCUGCCGGCAUCCUCACAGUCAUCCCGGGCUCCUUCGCGCAACCGUGCGGCAAAGUCAGGCACUCCGGAGCCGGCGAAACCAUUCCAGCCUCAAAUUCUCCGCCGCUCCGAUAACCCGAACAUUGUGGAUCUGUUGCCCUUGAAAGCUCAGGUGAACGAGCAAGAUCAGCAGCAAGCCGGCACUCAGCCUGCCAUUCCCAGGCGGGAGUCGCAGCCUCAAGUGAACUUUGACCGCCGUCCAAGUCAGACGCCUGCCCAACGAGAAGCCUUGCUGUCCCUCUUCGGGAGAGCACCUGCGUCACCAGGAGUUUCACCUGCCGAGCUUAGCACAUCAGCACCCAAGACCGCGGGUGCCUCUGGUGUCGUUAGCCCACUCACGCCAUUGAACAUUACUGCCGCGUCCCCGUUUGGAAGUGGAGCGGACGAUGGCCAAUUCUCUCUUUCGAGCCGGGUCGCUUCGCCUGAUAACAAGGCAUUCUUACUUGGUUUUCUUGAAGGUGUUGCCAAGGGCAAAAAAUAACCUCACUCAGCUCACUGGACCCCGAUGAGGGUCAGGAUCGAUUAGAUAGUUUUAGGACUCAAUUUAGCGACUGCCAACGUCAAGAUUUUGAGUUAUUGUCCUGCUUAAUAUGAAACGUGCUUAUUCUCCGGUUGUAAUUGACCACUUUACAGUGUUGAUCAUGUAUGAUUCCCAAUCAGUGAUGAUAACUGACUGGCAUGCGGGCCGUUCAGCUGCGUAAUACCGCGGAAUUAUGUCAUGGCUCUUGAUUGUUUUG